UAUAUAGAUGCAGGAAGCACCAACUGGCCGGAUGGAAUAAUUAAGUUAGAGCAAUCAAGAGCAUGGCUGUCAUGCUGCCUCUGGUGCUGAUUGUUCUGGGCGCUCUUGGCUUCCUCGCAAGUGCGGCCGGCUCCGGCGGCAUCAUGCCUUCUUGGGUGAAGCCGGCGGCGGACGGGGAGGGGCUCGCGUUCGCCGGAGAAGUCUCCGUGACUGUGGCGCAGGACGGCAGCGGCAAUUACACGUCCAUCGUUGCUGCCUUGGCGGCGGCGCCCAAGAGCAAGACGAGGUACACUGUCCGCAUCAGAGAGGGGACGUACGUGGAGCAGCUCAACAUCACGAGGCAUAAUGUGACUUUGUGGGGCGACGGAAUGGGCAAGACGGUGAUCACUGGCAACCGUGGCUCUCCCGACAAGAACUACAUGCUUUCAUCGGCUACCGUUAUGACAUAUGGCAUGCAUGCAGCGGCCCUUGGGCGCGGUUUCAUGGCCAGAGACCUGACCAUACAGAACACAGCCGGAGUAGACGGGAAUCAGUCGUUGGCUCUUCGGUCCAACUCGCAGCAUACUGUUCUGUACCGGUGUGGGCUGGAUGGUUUCCAGGACACGCUGUACGCGGAGAACAAGCGUCAGUUUUACCUGGACUGCGACAUCUCGGGGACCGUGGAUUUGAUAUUUGGCGACGCCAAGGCAGUGUUCCAAGGCUGCCGUCUCCUGGUGCGUCGUCCCAAGGAAGGAGCGCACAACGUGAUCACGGCGCAGGGCCGCGACAGGCCCGGCUACGUCCAGUCCGGCUUCAGCUUCCAGAACUGCAGUGUCAUUGCAAUGCCCAAUGAAAACCUCACCGGCGUCGAGACGUACCUCGGCCGUCCAUGGAGAAAUCACUCCCAUGUCAUUUUCAUGGAGUCGUUCUUGGACGGCAUCGUUCAUCCUAGUGGCUGGGUGCACUGGGACAAGAACAAUCCCCGUUUCGGAGACGAGAAGACCGUGGGCUACAUGGAGUACAACAACAGGGGACCCGGAGCUAACACCACCGGGCGCAUCAACUGGGAAGGCUUCUCCGUCCCCGACGCCAAGAAAGCCGAGGAGUAUACCGUCGACCGCUUCAUCAACGGCAGCUGGUGGCUGCCCAAAGAACUCAACUACAACCAUGGCCUCUAAGUUCUCCCUGCAUGCUUGCGAAUUAAUUUGCUUCCGUUUCACUGCUGCGCGCUUGCACUUGCAGCCUAUGAUCAUGUCGUGUGGUGUGUCUAGCUAGCUUGUGAAUUGUGAUCGAUCUCAUCUUCGCCUUAAUAAUUUGCUGCAUGGCCGGCCUGCUACCUUUUAUUAUUGUGUAAUAAUGCCACUGUUUGCAUGGUUUCUAUCUUAAAUAAAAUUUGGCCGCCGUCCUUAGUGGCCCGGCCGGCAAAAAAAGCUUGCGUGAGCA